AUGGGACAUAUAUGUCCCAAUGGUCUGUUUUAUUGGGACAUUAUUGUCCCAGUGGUUAUUGAAAUAUAUCUAUGCCUCAUUCUCAAAGUGGUCAUUUCUGUAUUUUUAGGUAUUUUUAGGCAUAGCAAUAUCAUGAAUCGCAGGAAGGGAUUGACAAAGGAAGAAAUAAUUAAAUUAUUGAAUGAACCGGAUUCAAGUGAUGAAUUGGACGAUUCAGAUAUAGACAAGGAAUAUGUCCCUAGUUCCUCAGACAGUGAUAGCUGUGAAGAAUUGAGAGAAAAUUCAGAAACAUCAAGGGCACCGAAACGAAAGCUGUCAUGUCUUGAGCAUUCAUCAGAACCCUCCGUUGACUCGGACUCUGAUGAUUUCUCACCCGAUGAAGCGGAGCAGGUAUCAAAAUAUAAGUGCAAGGCAAAAAAUAAACAUAAAAAAAAAACUAUUUCAAAACCUACUGAUCCUCUCAUUUGGUCAAAUGUUGGUCCAAAUUUUGAGCCACGGCUCCAUGUAUCUAAAGACCGUCCAACUGCAAUACUGGCCAAAAUCAACAGAUCCUCUAAUGAAUUAGAAUGUUUCUCAUGUGUAUUUCCACGAAGUCUUCUUAUUUUUAUUUCUCAAUGUACCAACCAGCGCCUUGAAAUACUGAGCCAUGAAAAAAAAGUAGAUAUUCCUGACACAGACCCUUCAGAAAUUCUGCUUGUGUUGGGAGUUAUGCUUGUCAUGUCGUAUAAUCAAGUACCGAACUUUUCAGAUUAUUGGUCCAGCAAUUCUUCAUUGGGAAACGAAGCUAUCAAAAAUGCGAUUUCCCGUAACAGAUGCCUAUUGCUCUUUGCAAAAAUGUACUUCAAUGAUCCAGAAAAAGAUGCGAAUGCUCCAAAGACAUAUUAUAUGGAUGAAGUGGUGGCAUGUUUCAAAAGGACAUUUAUGCAAGCUCGCGAAGAUAGUCCCUUUCAAAGCAUCGAUGAAUCCAUGGCUAAAUUCAAAGGUCGUUCUAGCCUAAAGCAGUAUUUACCCCUAAAGCCAAUAAAACGGGGAAUCAAAGUGUGGGAGAGAUGUGAUGCUGCUACGGGCUACACCUAUGACUUCAAUAUAUAUUCUGGCAAAGACAUGGAUAAUACAGAUCAUGAGGGUACAAUACUUGGAGAAAGAGUUGUUCUAAAACUUUCCUCAACAAUACGUAACCCAGAUGUUACACUUACAUUUGAUAGAUUUUUUACAAGUGUAAACUUAAUGGAUAACAUAUCCUAUCCUUCUGUUGGUACUUGUAUUUCUCGUAGAAAAGACAUGCCAAAAUUCUCUGACGAAAAACUUCAAAAAGGUGAUUCAGAAUUUCUCCAGAAUAGAAGAGGAACUCUUGCAGCAAGAUGGCAAGAUUCAAAGGAAGUUCUGAUUCUGAGUAAUUGCCACGGACCUGAUGUCAUACAAGUAAAACGCAAGCAGAAAGAUGGAGAAAAAGUAAUGACAAAUUGUCCUACCGCUAUUGCCGACUAUAACAGAUUUAUGGGAGGAGUAGAUUUGUCUGAUCAAAAGAUAUGCCUAUAUGAUUUUGACAGAAGAUCUACAAAAUGGUGGAAAAAAGUAUUUUAUAAACUUUUGAUGACAGCUGUUGUGAAUGCACACAUAUUGUUUCAAGAAACCAAACAUAGGAAAAUACCUCUCUUGCAAUACAUUGUCCCCCUAGCCGAAUUAAUGAUUGCUCAUGGCAAAGAAAAUGCAAUUGUCAAGAGGAAGAAAUCAGGUCGACCGUCAAAUGCAACAAAACUGAUGUUGAAUGUUGGAGAUCAUUUGCCAUUAGAAGGGCCAACAAGAAGAAGAUGUGCCCGCUGUGCCAAAACAAAAUAA